GGUAAAAUAAGCGGGGAAUGAUAGAGCGAGCCACGAGGCAAAACAGCCGAAAGAGCGAAUGGGCAGCCUACUCAAGUGCUACAGCCCUCUGAUCUCUAUCCGCUUUUCUCCGCCACCACACUUGCUGCUGCGUUCAGUUCAAAUUACAACUCACACUUCUCGCACGUUCGCCUCCGUCAGGAAAAGGUCCUUCUUUCGCCUUUUUAGCUCUCUUAGCUCAUCCCGGCCGUUAAUCAACCACACAGUUAACGGUGCUGAUGGAGCGGCGAGUCAAUCACCAUCAUCACCGGAGCUCUGGCUGCACAAUACUAUGAGUAGAAAGAAGGAGCUGUUUAAGCCCAAGGUGGAUGGUAAAGUUGGAAUGUACGUUUGUGGUGUAACCGCGUACGAUCUUAGCCAUGUUGGUCAUGCUCGAGUUUAUGUCACUUUCGAUGUUCUCUACAGAUAUCUUAGGCAUUUGGGGUACGAAGUGUGCUAUGUUCGAAACUUCACUGAUGUUGAUGAUAAGAUUAUUGCUCGAGCAAAUGAAUUAGGAGAGGAUCCAAUCAAUUUGAGCAGGCGUUACUGUGACGAAUUUCAUCAUGAUAUGGUGCAUCUUCAUUGCCUGUCCCCUUCUGUUGAACCUUGUGUGUCAGAUCACAUUCCCCAAAUAAUCGACAUGAUCAAGCAGAUUCUUGAUAAUGGGUGUGCCUACACAAUUGAUGGAGAUGUGUACUUUUCAGUAGAUAAAUUCCCUGAAUAUGGAAAAUUAUCUGGUAGAAAAUUAGAAGAUAAUCGAGCAGGCGAGCGAGUGACUCUGGACUCCAGAAAGAAUAAUCCUGCUGAUUUUGCAUUAUGGAAGUCUGCAAAGGAAGGUGAGCCGUUUUGGGAGAGUCCUUGGGGGCCUGGAAGACCUGGAUGGCAUAUUGAAUGCAGUGCCAUGAGUGCUGCUUAUCUUGGUUACUCUUUUGACAUCCAUGGUGGUGGAAUGGAUCUUGUAUUUCCCCACCAUGAAAAUGAGAUUGCUCAAAGUUGUGCUGCAUGCAGAGAUAGUAACAUAAGCUACUGGAUACAUAAUGGCUUUGUUACCAUCGACUCGGAAAAAAUGUCCAAAUCACUAGGAAACUUUUUUACAAUUAGGCAGGUUAUAGAUCUUUACCAUCCAUUGGCUUUGAGACUUUUCUUGUUGGGGACCCAUUAUCGAUCUCCAAUCAACUACUCUGAUGUACAGCUUGAGAGUGCUUCUGAACGUAUUUUUUACAUAUAUCAGACAUUGCUUGAUUGUGAAACUGUUAUCAGCCAGCAUGACAUGCCAGUUGAUAAGGAUUCUGUACUGCCUGAAAUUUUAGAUGGCAUCAACAGGUUCCAUGAUGUGUUUGUCACAUCAAUGUCUGAUGAUCUUCACACUCCUGUUUUGUUGGCUGCAUUGUCAGAUCCAUUAAAGAUAAUCAAUGAUAUGAUACACACCCGAAAGGGGAAGAAACAGAGAAAGCGAAUAGAAUCACUCGCUGCUCUGGAAAAGAUAGUCAGGAAUGCUCUAUCUGUCUUGGGGUUGAUGCCCACAACUUAUUCUGAGGUUCUGCAGCAACUGAGGGAAAAGGCACUGAGGCGUGCGAAGUUAACGGAAGUGGAAGUAUUGCAAAAAAUUGAAGAAAGAACUGUAGCAAGAAAGAACAAAGACUAUGAAAAAUCAGAUGUGAUAAGGAAGGAUUUAGCUAUUCUGGGAAUUGCUCUUAUGGAUGGUCCAGAUGGCACAAGUUGGAGACCAGUCAUUCCUCUUGCACUGCAAGAGCAGCAAGUUGCUGCAACUUGAAAGAUGUCUAGACUCAAUGCUCGUGUUUAUGGUUGUGACAUGUCUUUUAAGAUUAAAGCAUAUUUCUGUCCCAAUUGUACCUUGGAAAUUAGGGUUGGAAUUAGAAAUGAUGCCUUAUAGGAUUAUUUAUUUGGGGGGGGGG